AUGCUGUCAGUGCAGCCCCAGCAGCCCAAAGCGGUUCACAAGCUCCCAGACCGACUGUACCUGCUCCAGGGCAACUCCUAUGAGGGCACUGAAACUUCCCAUCGUUACAGGGCUCCGGCCCACAGCCAUGAGUGGAGAGAGGACAAUGCAGGACGCAUCUCCGAGCUUGGCUCAGGCGCCCAGCGGCAGCUGGGGUUGGGUGCAGCCGCUCUACAUAGCCCUGGCUUGGAUGCUGUGAGCUGGGUGGGCCUGGGGCUUCUCCGCGGCUCUCUGCUUUUGCGGCCCCACUCCAGGCCAGAAGGCUCCCGUACCUCCAUGGAUCUUCACGAUGUGGACAACCAAGCUGAGCUUCAGUCAUUGUCUAUUCCUGGAACUUACCAAGAGAAGAUUACCCACCUGGGACAUUCUCUGAUGAGUUUAACAGGUCUGAAAUCUUUAAAGUGUGAACGAAUUCCCUGUGUUUCCUGUUGACAGGGCAUCCAGUACCUGACUGCACUGGAGAGUCUCAGUGUCUACUACAACUGCAUCUCCUCUUUGGCAGAGGUGUUUCGGCUCCACGCCCUAACCGAGCUCGUGGACGUGGACUUCCGGCUGAACCCCGUGGUGAAGGUGGAGCCUGACUACCGCCUGUUUGUUGUGCACCUGCUCCCCAAGCUCCGGCAGCUGGAUGAUCGCCCCGUGAGAGAGAGCGAGCGGAAGGCUUCCCGACUGCAUUUUGCAUCAGAGGACUCACUCGACUCAAAAGAGAGCGCCCCAGCUUCUUUGAAAGAGGGCAGACCGUGCCGCCCCAGAGCUAAGUGCACCGAGGCCUUGGCCAAGCAGAGCCUGGUCAUGGACGCGGAUGACAAGGCAGUCCUGAACCUCAUUGCAGAGUGCGAGUGGGAUCUCGGCAGGCCUCCCGGGAGCACGAGCUCCAGCCAGAAGGAGCGCGAGGCCGACUCUCGUGGUUCCCAAGAAUCCAGAUAUCUAUUGAGCCCGCAGUUGGUACAGUACCAGUGUGGGGACUCUGGGAAGCAGGGCCGCGAGACGAGGAGGAGCAGCUGCAGAGGGUGCCGUCUGGAGAAGACACCAUGGAGCCGGCCCUGUGGAGAGUUCCCGCCACCGUACGGAGCAGAGCUGGAGGCCUCCCGGCCUCCCGGGCCACACGUGUACUUCACCCCAGACCCAGACUCCGUGGAUACGGAGGACUCGGCCUCUCCUCAGAAGUUGGAUUUGUCAGCGGAAAUGGUGCCUGGUUCCCUGCCAGCCCCCGGAAAGUGCAGGAAGCGAAGAAUGCCUGGUGGAAGAUUCCAGGCAUUUUCGGACCAGGAGGGUCUGGGCUGCCUGGAGAGAACUCACGGGUCCUCCGUGGCCGAGGAGAGCCUAAGCAGACAGAACAGCUCAGGAAGCAGGAGUGGGAGGACCUUGUCUCAGCCUGAGGCCUCAGAGACUGAGGAGCAGAGGUCUCGGGGCAUGACCGACACCAGAGAGCCAUCUCCUGGGUCACGCUCGGCUCUACCCGGGAAGAAGACGACCCUGCAGGCGGCACUCCUGGAGACGCUCUUGGACCUGGUGGACAGGAGCUGGGGUGGCUGCAGGUCCCUGCACAGCAACGAGGCAUUCCUCACUCAGGCAAGACACAUCUUGUCAUCUGUUGAAGAAUUCACAGCGGCUCAGGACGGCUCUGCGACGGUGGGUGCAGACGUCGGCUCCCUGGCUCUGGAGAGUAAGUCCCUGCAAAGCCGCCUUGCUGAGCAGCAGCAGCGGCACGCCCAGGAGAUGAGCGAGGCGACGGCAGAGCUGCAACGCACACGCCAGGAGCUGGAUGAUUUGAGACAACAUUUAGAUAAAUCUUUGGAAGAGAACAGUAGCUUAAAAUCGCUUUUGUUGAGUAUGAAAAAGGAAGUGAAGAGUGCAGACACUGCAGCCACGUUAAAUUUACAGAUCGCUGGACUUCAAACAAGUGUGAAGAGGCUGUGUGGUGAGAUUGUGGAACUGAAGCAGCACCUGGAGCACUACGACAAGAUCCAGGAGCUCACGCAGAUGCUGCAGGAGAGCCACAGCUCCCUGGUCAGCACCAAUGAACACCUGCUGCAGGAGCUGAGCCAGGUGCGGGCGCAGCACAGAGCCGAGGUGGAGCAGAUGCACUGGAGCUACCAGGAGCUCAAAAAGACCAUGGCCCUGUUUCCACACAGCAGCACCAGCCAAGGAGGCUGCCAGGCCUGCUGACUCCUGCCGAGAAGCUGGGCCGCCCCUUAAGCUCCCUGCUAAAGCGACAUCGUCUGCACCUUUGUCCUUCUUUACUGAGUGUACUGGCUGGCAAGAGUUCUCUCUUCUGUUUGUAAUUAUUUAGGAGUUUUGGAAUGUAUUCAGGGCCUGUAGCAUGGUUUUCUAAAGCACUUCCUAAAAUGAUAUGAUUACUGCAAGCCCUUUGCAUGUUUUCAGACAAAACACAUUGACAUAUUUUGAGACAAACUGACCAUUAAUCUUUUAUCCAGUAUCCUGAGAUGAAGUAAAUGCAGUGUUUUACUGCCUGAUGUGAAAGAGAGCUAUGUAUGAUCAUUAAAGAAAAUAAUUUUCUGUAUAACAAGCAAUCUUUAAUAAACCAAUACAUUGUUCUGAAAA